AUGAAAAAUAUAUACACAAGUGUCAAGAUCUCACUGGGUGUGCAGCAGACGGUGCGUCCCAAAGACGGCUGGCAGGUGUACAGCUCGGCCCAGGACGCUGAUAGACGCUGCAUCUGUACAGUUGUGGCCCCAGAGCAGAGUCUGUGCUCCAGAGACGCCAAAGGGAGACAGCUCCGACAGCUGCUGGAGAAGGUGCAGAACAUGUCCCAGUCCAUCGAGGUGCUGAACCUGCGCACACAGAGGGACUUCCAGUACAUCAUGAAGAUGGAGAGCCAGAUCAAAGGCCUGCGCUCCAAGUUGCGGCAGAUCGAGCCCGAGAAGAAGACGCUGGUCAAUCGCAACUUUCAGGAGCUGAAGGGGAAGAUGGAGUCCCUGCAGCCCCUGAUCCCAGUGCUGGAGCAGUACAAGACGGACACAAAACUCAUCGCUCAGUUCAAAGAGGAGAUCCGGAACCUGUCCGAGGUCCUGAUGGGCAUCCAGGAGGAGAUGGGCGCCUACGAGUACGACGAGCUGCAGCAGAGAGUCCUGAGUCUGGAGAACCGGCUCCGCAGCUGCAUGAGCAAACUCACGUGCGGUCGGCUGAUGAAGAUCACAGGCCCUCAGACCGUGAAGACCUCUGGGACCAGAUUCGGAGCCUGGAUGACCGAUCCCAUGGUCUCCCUCAAAAACAACAGGGUCUGGUACAUGGACAGUUACACCAACAACAAAAUCGUCAAAGAGUUCAAAUCCAUUUCCGAUUUUGUGUCCGGCGUGGAAUCCCGGAGCUACAACUUGCCGUUCAAAUGGGCCGGUACCAACCACGUGGUGUACAACGGUUCUCUGUACUACAACAAAAUGCAGAGCAACAUCUUAGUGCGCUACAGUUUCGACAGCGGGCGAGUGGUGACGCAGCGAGCUCUGGAGUCAGCCGGCUUCCACAACGUCUAUCCUUACACCUGGGGCGGCUUCUCCGACAUCGACCUCAUGGCGGACGAGAUCGGACUGUGGGUCGUCUACGCCACCAAUCAGAACGCAGGGAACAUCGUCAUCAGCCAGCUCAACCCGGACACGCUGCAAAUCCUGGAAACGUGGAACACAGAAUACUCCAAAAGAAACGCGGGGGAGUCUUUCAUGAUUUGCGGGACGCUGUACAUAACCAACUCGCAUCUUACCGGCGCGAAAGUUUACUACGCCUACUCCACCAAAACCUCCACGUACGAGUACACGGACAUCCCCUUUCAUAAUCAGUACUUUCACAUGUCGAUGUUGGACUACAACGCCAGGGACAGGGCGCUGUACGGCUGGAACAAUGGCCACCAGGUUCUCUUCAAUGUCACGCUUUUUCACAUCAUUAAGACUGAAGAUGAUUCGUAA